AUGUCCUUUGGUUUUAUCAACACCAAUCAGAUUACAUUGGAAAGUUUCUCUGGGGAUGUUGCUCCGGUGAAUUUUAUCAAUGAAAUGACCAGUUUUUCUGAAGACAUUCCAAGCGAUUCUUUUAUACAUACAGAUAAUAGUGACACCAAAUGCAUAGAUCCAGUCCCGUAUAUAAGCUCUUUAAAAAUGGUCCAAGAAAAGUUGGCUACAUUGAUGGAUGAAUGCGACAAGAAGAAGCUAGAAUGCGAAAAGGAAGCAGAGUUGAAGGAGACGAAAUACCAUAAAAGUGUUAUGCGACAUUCGAAAACAACAUCCAGUUUAAAGGGAAACUACAAUGACUUGUAUAUGUCAGUUGAAAAACUAAAUAGUUCCAAAAUUGAACCAUUGAGUGAAAAACUCAAAAAGGUUACUACUUUGAAUGACAACGCUUCUGAGAUCAUUUUUCUAUUGAAAAGUUACAAUCAUUUUUAUAAACACAAUGAAGUGCCUCUUGAGAUUAUGACAAGUAAGAAGGGAUCCAAUACAAUUGAAACAGCAACAACGAUAUCACAGCUAUUAAAACUGUCUUCCCAACUUUCUCAAGAUUCAAGUCUAGCCAAUGGCUCAAAAACCCACAAACUAAUUGAAGAAGUUGCUCAUAAGUUUGAAAAAGAUCAGUUGAACUCAUUCAAUACCCUCUACAGUUCACAAAACUUCAUGCGGCUACAGACUAUUUCGAAUACUUUGUUUGCAUUCAACGAUGGUAUAAAUAUUAUUGACAAUCUGAUCGAGAACCAAUCAAUUUUUAGCUCUCUGCAGUCAAAGGUUAAUAAAUCAGUAGAUGCUUCUUAUUGGGUUGCAUUGAGUGAUCCUAAAAACUCUAGCUAUGAGCUGGAUGGAGAUUCAUUUGAGUUGUUGAAUUCUCUUCGAGUCACUAUAAAUGACGAACUUGACUCAUUAGUUACUAUUUUCCAGCAUAAUUCAAAAAAAGCCUUAUCAUUAUUGAUGAUCAAGUUGGCGGAAAAGAUGCUAAAACCAAGAUUGGACUCUUUGUUGGAUGUGGCAAAGAGCAAGUCAAAAUUGGCUUUUCUAAGAACUUUGCAUCUUUUUUCUAAUGGCGUAUCACAACAAUUGUUCCUUCCACUAAGAACAGCAUUUUAUGAAAGCGUGACAAAACUUAGCAUUGACACAGAAAAUAUCCAUUAUAUCUUAUUCCAUAGAUAUCUUGAUGAGAAUUCCUAUUUUAAGAUGGAAAAAGAGAAUUUGCAAGCAUAUAUCGAUUUGUUAAUCCAACCCUUUGAAGUAGCUAAUAGAGAUUCGCUUAGAGAUAAAAAAUUGACUACCAAGAUAGAAAAUAUGAAGCUAGAGGGUGAGUAUUCUGAAGACGAACAUUUAUCAAACUUAGAAGAUUAUGAAGCUAAUCCAUACAAAGAUUCCGCUUCUAUCGAUGCGCCGGAAAUAUCAGUCAAUAAAGAAGGCACACAACAAAAUAUAUACCUUCCUGAUUCAAGAGUUUUAAGAGAUAAGUCCAAAGGUGCAAGGAAAUAUAUUCCUAGUUCCCAAAGACUAAAAAAAAUUGCAGGUAGCGGGUUUAUUAAACUUAAUGAAAAAUAUUCGAUAUUUGACAGGUACAAGUCACCAGUACAAAGUGAUUCAAUUGAUCCCUCUUUCAAGGAAUCUGUUCCGGAGUCAAACGUCACGGACUCUACCAAAAGUGUUCUCUCCUUGCAAGUGUCUCAGAACAUCUACAGACUAACAUUAGAGUCUUUAACCAGGUCAAUUGAAUUGGUACCUACCCAGAGUAACUUUUACACUAUUGAAUUAUUCAACCUCUUGAUAUAUAAGAUUGGGCCUUCGUACAUCGCUUUAGGUCUGGAGUCUUUAUAUGGUAAUUUUGUUGAUUCACAAAUCAAAAAUAAAGGUGUUUUCAGCAGGGGUAGCAACAACACUGUGGAUAUAAGCUUUUUGCAGCAACUUUACAAUGUGUUGAUCCAAUUAUACCUUUUAUCCACAGUCAUAAAAAAAUCGUUCUACCCGUUAGUCUCCACCGAAGAUGAUUCAAGCCAUAUGUGCGACUCCUUCAACAAUUUCCUUCAGGAUGUGGAAAUCGGUAUCAACAUAAUAAUGAACGAUACAGUAGAAAUCAUAAAAGAAAGGAUCACGUCCAUCCUUUGCAAACAACCCACUAACGACUACUCAGUCGUAAGUGAAGCAGAAAGAACGCAAACAUCUGAACUUAUGGCUAUGCUGCUUGAAAACAUUUUGAGAGGUGCAAUGACUGAACUCAGGUUUGAUUCAAGAUUGAAACUGAGUUUUAUAACAAAGGUAUCAAACUUUUUUCUCUCGUCACUCAUUAUACAUCUCAGCCACAUGAAAGUUACAAUGAAUGGAUUCACUGUCCUUACACAUGAUCUUGCUCAUUAUAUUUUAAUUUUUAAUAACCUUAGUGUUGAAAAUACAGAAGAAAAUAUGUACGAAACAUAUGGUUCAUCUCCGAGGGAAACAGAAUACACAGUCAAGUGGGAGCGAGACCAAAUUGAAAACAUUCAAACAGCAUUCAAAAUUCUCAAUGAAAUUCCUGGAUUAUACUCCUGCGAUCCUGAAUCAUUGAAGGAUUUCUGCAAUGAAGGUAAGCUAAAUGAUCUUAAACCAGAAAUUAUUAAUAGCUUCAUUUCUAAUCGAGAAGAUUUUCAGAGUCGGUUUUUAUCAAACAGCUAG